AUGGCGGUGGCGGCGGGCGGUUUCGCCACCUCUUUUGCUUCUUCUGCACAAUCAAAUUCUGACCUCCGUCAAUCGCCUGCGUUUCGCUCUCAAUUGCAGACCUUCUAUAAACCCCUGAACAAUAGAAGGGCAUCGGCUUUACAUCAAAGACUUUGUGUGAGAUGUGAAAGUGUGAGUCAGAAGAAUUCAAUCGAUAAAGAGGAAUUGAAGAGAUCGAGUGUUAUGGCGCUUGAGCAACUCAAGGCUUCUGCAAUUGACAGAUAUACAAAGGAAAAGAGCAGCAUUAUUGUCAUUGGACUUAAUGUGCACACAGCACCAGUUGAUGUCCGUGAGAAACUCGCCAUUCCAGAAGCCCAAUGGCCUCAAGCCAUUAGUGAGCUCUGUGCUUUAAAUCAUAUAGAAGAAGCUGCUGUUCUUGGCACUUGUAACAGAAUGGAAAUAUAUGUUGUGGCUCUGUCUCAACAUCGUGGAGUUAAAGAAGUGACUGAAUGGAUGUCUAAGAUUAGUGGGGUUCCUGUUUCAGAGCUUUGCCAACACCGAUUUAUGUUGUAUAAUAAAGAUGCCACAAGACACCUAUUUGAAGUAGCUUCUGGACUCGACUCGAUUGUUCUAGGAGAGGGUCAAAUCCUUGCUCAGGUGAAGCAAGUUAAAAAACUUGGACAAGGAGUUGCUGGCUUCAAUAAGAAAAUCGGUGGGUUGUUUGAGCAUGCAAUCAUUACUGGGAAACGGGUUAGAACUGAAACCAACAUUUCAUCAGGGUCAGUUUCUGUUAGUUCAGCUGCUGUAGAGCUUGCAUUAAUGAAGCUUCCAGAGUCUUCAUAUGCUACUGUUAGGGUAUUAGUUAUUGGAGCUGGCAAAAUGGGGAAGCUUGUGAUCAAACACUUGGCUGCCAAAGGGUGCAAAGAAAUGGUGGUUGUGAACAGAACUGAGGAGAAAGUUGCUGUAAUCCGUGAAGAGCUUAAGGAUAUUCAAAUCAUCUAUAAGCCCAUUUCAGAAAUGAUGGCAUGUGCUGUUGAAGCAGAUGUAAUUUUCACAAGCACUGCAUCAGAGGCUCCUCUGUUCUUGAAAGAGCACAUACAAACACUCCCCAUGGACACGGAAAUGGGAAAGCGGCUUUUCGUUGAUAUUUCAGUUCCAAGGAAUGUAGGACCAUGUGUCUCAGAUCUUGAGACAGCAGAAGUCUACAACGUGGAUGAUCUCAAGGAUGUUGUGGCAGCUAAUAAGGAGGAUCGGCUCCGGAAAGCUAUGGAAGCCCGAGCAAUUAUUUCUGAGGAAUUGCAGCACUUUGAAGCUUGGAAGGAUUCCCUUGAGGCUGUUCCUACCAUUAAGAAACUACGAGCUUAUCUUGAAAGGAUUAGAUCUUCCGAACUGGAUAAAUGUUUGUCAAAGAUGGGUGAUAUUACAGAUAAACAGAAGAAAGCUAUUUAUGACCUUAGCAUGGGUAUGAUGAAGAAGUUCCUUCAUGGUCCAAUGCAGCACCUAAGAUGUGAUGGGAGGAGUGACUGCCAAAAACCAGAAGAUAUGCUUGAGAUUAUGCAUGCUGUCAAUAGAAUGUUUGACCUUGAGACGGAGAUAAUUUUGGAUGCAGUUCGAACAAAAAUGGAAAGAACCAAGAAGUGA